CCUUAAACUAGUGACAGACACGAACGAGCAAGCCAAAGCAAAUGAGUUUGUUGUAUUUGAUUUUAAACCCAGCGAUCACACUCUGAAUAGGCUAGACAAGUCCAGCUAAAGCCAGGCACGUGUGACAUAUCAAUAUUGCUGCAUAUCUUCAGUUUUGAGGAGUUUUAGACGUUAUUUAUUUGGUGUGGGUCGGUCGAAUUGCCUUCCUGAACACUUCGACUGGUGGAUAUUUUUUUUAUUGACUCGUCGGACUGCAAAAAUUCAGUGGACGAGAAGGACAGGGAGUUCUGCAAAAGUUAUAUAAUUUGGGUCCGUCCUUCGUCAAACUGCAACAUCGGGGGAAAUCGAACUAUUGGCAAGAUCUGGGGGGACCCGUGACUGCCUCUAGCAUGAUGUCAUACCUCAAACAGCCCCCCUACGCCAUGAACGGCCUGGGGCUGAGCGGCGCCGCCAUGGACCUACUGCACCCGUCUGUCGGAUAUCCAGCAACGCCCAGAAAACAACGGCGGGAAAGAACAACCUUUACGCGCUCACAGCUUGACAUUCUCGAAGCGCUCUUUGCCAAAACUCGUUAUCCGGACAUAUUUAUGAGAGAGGAGGUGGCACUGAAGAUCAACCUUCCCGAGUCCAGAGUUCAGGUUUGGUUUAAGAAUCGUCGCGCCAAAUGUCGUCAGCAGCAGCAGAGUGGCAGCAAUACUAAAGCUCGGCCUGCAAAGAAGAAAUCCUCACCUACCCGGGAGAGCACAGGCUCAGAGAGCAGCGGGCAGUUCACCCCUCCUGCUGUCUCCAGUGCAGGCUCUUCCUCGUCCUCUUCUUCCUCUACCAAUAACACAGGCAUUAGCAGCACCUCUACCUCUAUCAGUACUGUCUCCUCAAUCUGGAGCCCUGCCAUUUCUCCAGGCUCUGCUCCCCCAUCCGUCUCCCUGCCAGAACCUGUCGCUCCCUCAAAUGCUUCCUGCAUGCAACGUUCCGUCUCAGGCACGGCCGGUUCCUCCUACCCCAUGCCCUACAACCAGACCACCGGCUAUAGCCAGGGCUACCCAGCUCCUUCCAGUUCUUACUUCAGCGGGGUGGACUGUGGCUCCUAUCUGACCCCCAUGCACUCUCACCACCACCCUCAUCAGCUCAGCCCUAUGACGGCUUCGUCCAUGCCCACACACCCCCAUCACCACAUCAGUCAGUCCUCAGGACAUCACCACCACCAUCACCACCAGGCCUACAGUGGCACUGGCCUGGCCUUUAAUUCUUCUGACUGCCUGGAUUACAAGGAGCAAACAGCCUCCUCCUGGAAGCUCAACUUCAACACUACAGACUGUUUGGACUACAAAGACCAAGCAUCCUGGAGGUUCCAAGUCUUGUGAUCUGAUUUUUCUAAUGCCACUAUUUUCCCCAUCUCUCUGUUUUAAUAGUGUGCUGAGUUUAAGGGGACAAUAUAUAUAUAUAUAUAUAUAUAUAUAUAUAUAUAUAUAUAUUGGACCUGCAGGUUUUAACAAAAUAGUUAAAUGUUCAUCACAUUUUUUAAAUUGAGAAAAAAUAAAAAGGAGCAAAAAUGGCAAAGUUGUGGAGGGAAAUGAAAGCUUGUUUUCCCUUUUGUCCCUUUUAAUUAGAAUAACUUGAAGAACGAGGGUUCUUUCUUAAAUAAUCUAUCGAACUCGCGUCACUCUCCUGCCUGAUCUGGAUUACCGUUUCUCUACACGGGACACUGAACGCUCAGCGACCGUUUUACUUCCACCUCUCAACUUGUACAGCUGUUUCGUUUUCUAAAUAUGGUUAUUUUUUAGGAUGACAGAUUCUAGUCAGCUGAACGGAGCUGAAUUGUGUACAUAUGUAUGUGGGUCAGUUACAUUGACCAUAUUUAGUUGGUGUUACUGGAUUUCAAAAAAGACUUUAUGUAAAUCUUUUCCCCCAAUAAUCCAAAGAUCAAGAAUUGGCCGCUGGAUUUAUUUGAUAGACUGAAACCAAUUUUGUUACCCUGAAAAAUACUAAGUUUUUAUAUUGAGAACAAUAUUUUAAGGGAAUGGGGGGGGGGGAAUGAGACAUUUUGAGUGGGGAUAUUUGGUUAUGAUAUUUUAUUAGGUAAACUAGCAUUUGAAGGUUUAUUGAGGUGAAACUGCACGGGCGUGAUUAAAUUGUUGGAUGGUUUUAACAGCACUUGACUUAACCUAAAAAUGAUAAUGUGGGUAACAAAAUAUGGUUUUAAGAAAGAAUACCCAAAUGCCAGUGAAAUGCUGAAUGUACUGCAGGCGCAGAUCAUUACAUUCAUGUCCGCAAUAAAGACCAGUUAACAACCACAAUUUUCACAUGACUUGACUGGGUUAUGUCCACUUUUAACACCCAAAUUUUACUCGUAUGUUGAAAAUGUUUUGAACUGUCAACGAACAAUAAAUA